AUGGAUACCAUCAUGGCCGACAACUCACCCCCCGAUCCCAUGGCCGCAGCGGCCAGUGCGCUGAUGAACUCCAUCCAGUGUUACGUCCGCGCCGCCGUCACCGCUGAGUCGGCCAACCGUCGACCUGAGUCCGAAUCGGCUAUCCAGGCCCGCCUCGACUCUGUCGUCCAGGAGAACACUGAGCUCAAGGACAAGCUCAAGCAGAUAGAGACAGAUGAGAGAGACACUAUCAAGGCCGCCUUCUCGUCCUACUUUGGCGUUGCCCUCCCCGAGUCCAAGCUUUCCCGCCACCUGCGCCUCAAGAUCCCCAAGUUCCCCCAGUUCAAGAGCUUCCCCGUCGAGAUCCGCAUGAAGAUCUGGAAGCUCGCCCUCCCUGCCGGCCGCGUUUUCGACCUCUCCAUGGGCGACGGCCACCUGUCACGCGUCCUGCGCGCCACCGCCCCGAACCCCAACGGCGGCCCCAAUCCGGCCGUGGCCAUGCGCCAGGCCUCGGGCCUGGCCGAGAUGACCGUCACCGCCCAUAAGACGCCCAAGCUCCGCCUCGCCUGCAAGGAGGCCAACCGAGCCUUCCUCGAGGCUGGCGGUUUUGAGUUUGGCCUCUUCGGCGGCACCUACAAGGGCCUCUGGUUCAACUACGCCGAGGACAUCCUUUUCGUCCGUGAAGAGCCCCGAGCCUGGGUCAACCUCGACAUGUCGCGCAUCGUCCGUGUCGCCUUUCCUCACACCAGAUUCAUGAGCAAGCCCGACAUCAUCGCCAGGCUGGAUCUGGUUCUCGACCAUUUCACCUCUUGCAAGGAGGUCAUCCUCAUGCAGACCAUGGAGUGGGAUAUCCGGUCCUGUCUGACGAGCCCGCGCCUGCCGCCCAAGCUGUUUCCACUCGGCACCGAGGACCCUAUCGGUGCUCACGACUAUCCCAAGGAACUGUCCAACGAGAUAGGAAACGUCGCCGCCUGGGGUGAUGUCAAGCGCGUGGUCGAGCAGAUUGGCAGGGAGCAUGUCAUGGACGUGAAGCACCUGAGCCCCGGCCGCGUUCCCAAGUUCAUCGGCAUGGAGAUGGUGAGGGCUCGCCCGAGCUACUUCGAUUAA